UAGCUUCCAACCACCGACCGUGAGAGAGAUCACGGUUAGCCGGCCAACCGGAAAACUACCUUUUAAAAAAAAUUAAAAAAAGAAGAAAAAAUCUGCACCACUCAAUCUCAAACCUUAUCUUCUCCUCUCUCCCCUUCCUCCACCAGACCCUUCUCUUCUCUCUCCUUCCUUCCCCACCAUUUCCUCCACCAGAACCUUCUCUUCUCCUCUCUCCCCUUCCUCCACCGGAAGAAAAGCGAUGCAUGAGACGACUCGCGGUGGCUGCAGAGAUUCCGCCCUCACCUCCUCUUCCUCCGCCGCCAGCAAGAGCCAUAAAGAGUCGGAGCGCCGCCGCCGCCACCGUAUCAACGCCCACCUCUCCACCCUCCGCUCUCUCCUCCCCAAUCGCGUCAAGCCGGACAAGGCGUCGCUGCUGCCGGAGGCGGUGGACCACUUGAGGCAGCUGAGGAAGCAAGCAGGGCUGAACGGAGCUGGACCGUGGUGUCUGAUCCUGGGGGAAUCGGACGAGGCGAUGGUGAGCUGUUGCGGCGGCGGAGAUGGGAAGAAGAAGAUGAUGAGAUUGAGCAUGUGCUGCGACGAUCGCCCGGGGCUGAACGGAGAUUUGAGCCAGGCGAUUCGGUCAGUCCAGGCGAGGGCGGUUCGGGCGGAGAUUGUUAAUUCUGCAGUCGUAGCCUUUGCUGCUGCUGCCGCCGCCGUCCCGGCCCUAGUGUUUGGCUCCGCCGUGAAGAUCUGAAGGACCGCCGUCUCCCUUUGGUUCAUUUUAGGGUGUUAUGGAGACGUUGGCGUUGGAGAUAGGAACAGGGGAGCGGAGGAGGUAUUUUGGGAGGCCGAAGGGAAGAGGAGGGAUGGGUGGAUUGAAGCAGGUUGAAGGAGGAGAUGGGGUUGUUUUGGGGCUGGGGAGUUCUUUGUGAGGAGGAGGAAGAAGAAGAAGUGGAGAUGAGGUUGUGGCGAUUAGGGUUGGAGAGGAGAGGGAUCGUUUUGGGGUUGUGGGAAGGGGUCGUUUUGGGGCUGGCUGGUUGGGAGAAGGGGUCGUUUUGGGUAGGGUUGCGGGGUCAUUUUGACUCAAGGGGCGGUGGUCGGUUAGCCGGUUAACCGCCGGUUACUGACCGCGGUUAAUCGGCUAGCCGAGCCUCUCCCCCUCUCCCCCGGCAACCGACCGAUGCCAAUACAGAGCGGUUUUUGGUUAGCCGAAAACCGGUCGGUUCGGUCGUAACCGACCAGUUAACUGCUAACCAAAAACCAUUCUGCCAGCCCUACCUAGGAAACUGAAUCAAACAAUCCCUUUCAUCCAAUUUUUCGCAGAUACGAAAAGAAAGUUGGUGCAAAUCUAAUUGGAUUUUAAUUCCAACAAUUGGGUUUUAUUCUUCUAAUUUAAUCUUCACCAAAAUUUGUUCAAAACCAAAUUCAAGGCCCAAUUGAGCAGUUAUUUGGCCACCUCUCUGCCUUCUUCUACACAAUAAUUUCUUUUGUCUCCAUUUAAACGAACCAAUGCACUACAAAAAUAAAACA